AUGACGAGCAUGUUUGGCGCCCUGAACCGCUUUAUUUCGCGACUCGAUGCCGCGCCUUUGGACGAUCAGCAGUCUACCACAAACGGCGCGUACGGCUUCCAGGUGCUAAGGAAUGCGAAUCAGGAAGUACCGCUAGAGCCAUGGUUUGAUUUUGUGAUUGGCAUCAAUGGACGGACGAUUGAUAACCCUGAUCCCACGCUUUUCGCGACUGAAGUCAGAAACUGUGCAGGAACUACGAUUAGUUUGGGGGUGUUCAGCGCAAAGGGCCAGAAGAUUCGUGAGGUUUAUCUCUCCAUCCCUGCCGACAAACCCACUCUCGGAGUCUCUCUGCAAUGGUCGCCUCUUUCCAUUGCGGAAGACGUCUGGCAUAUUCUUGAUGUCAUUCCCAACAGUCCUGCUGAUGUAGCAGGCCUACUACCAUACGGCGACUACGUAAUCGGUAGUCCCGAAGGCCUUGUUCGUGGCGAAUCUGGCCUGGGCGAACUUGUUGAAGAUUUCCUCAAUCAUCCUCUGCGACUAUACGUCUACAACCACGAGUACGACGUUACAAGGCCUGUCACCAUCACUCCUUCGCGUCACUGGGGCGGCGAAGGAGCUCUGGGCUGUGUUCUCGGCUUUGGUGCUCUACAUCGCAUUCCUCCGUCUCUCGAGGAGCCGCCUCAAGCACCCGGUGAGACCCUCUUCUCAACAGACAGCCACACCACGUCCUUUGACGAGAAGCGACCUAUGUUGUCUGGAUCUCCUGCUCCAAUUGCGCAGAUCGGUACACCUGCCGAACUAUUUGUCCCGGCAAACAUGGCACUGCCGUCCAAGUCUCCUCCACCACAAAGUGGGGGUGUGCCACCGAAGAAGAAAGGCAGAGCGCACCAUAUCGUAAGUCCGACUGGGGGAGGUGGGCUCGAUGACUACUUCAAAGAGGGCGAACAGAAGAGUUUGGAGGAGGAUUAUGCGCCGAAGAAAGGAGGCGGUGUGCCACCGCCUCCAAAAAUUGGAGGACCGCCGAGGGGAGGACCACCGCCGAAGAGUGCUACACCUGUUCCAGGUGAGGCUGCAACUGAGGCGCAGCCAGGUGGGAAGGCAGAGGCAGAGGCAGAAGCAUAG